AUGAGCGCAGACAAGGACAUAGAAGCUGCCUUGAAGGAGGAGGUUAAGGAGGAGCUCAAGGAAGCUGCCAAAGCGGAUAUCAAGGACGAGCCGAAGGAGGACAAGGAAGAGCAUAUCAGUAAUCUCAAGGUCGAGGAUGUUGCUACUCCAGCCUCGGCUGACACUGCAAUGCCCGAAGCCCUGGUGGCUGACCCCCCAGUGUCUGCUCUCUCAGCAGAGACUUCCACUUCAGAGGCAGAGUCAACCAAGAUGGUUCCUCAGGAACCUCCUCAUCAAGAGAUGGUUUCUCAGGAGACAUCUAAGGAUGCUGCCCAAGACACCACCUCUCCGGAUACUUCUCCCAAAGAGACUAUAGCCCAGCACACUGCUGCUGAGGAGACCGGAUCCAAAGAACCCGCGUCUGAAGAGAUCGAUUCGCAGGUCACCACCACCAAGGAGGGUGCUCCUAAGGAAUCUGCUUCCCGAGAGGAUGCUGCUGUGCUCACUACCGCAGCAGUGGUGACCGCGGCAGCUGCUACAGAGGCAGUCGCGGAAAAGGCCGCCAGCCUCUCGGCGCCUGCAGUCGAGACUGCAAAGCUCCUUGACGAUUUCGAGGAUGUUCCAGACCCAGACGAAGAUGAUCUGGACGACCUGGAUGAUAUGUUGGACGAGUUCUCGGCAGUCAAGAUCGAUCAACCUAAGCUUGUGGAAGCUGCUUCUGCUAUUAAACCAGAAGCUCCAAAAGAUGCAGCUCCCUCUGGCAAGCAGCCUGAAGUUGAGGAUGCAUUUUCAGAAGAAGAGUUUGCCAAACAGUUACAGGCUGGUAUGGCUGAUCUCCUAGGCGAGCUUGAACAGUCCCCGGACAUGCAAGCUCAAUUCGAGGACAUCUUUAAGCACAUCGCUGCGGCGGAAGGGGCUGGUGAUGCGCCACCUCCAAGCUCCUCAAAGGGGCCAGCAUCUCAACCACCGCCCGAGGAUGCAUCUUUCCAAGAUACCAUUAAACGGACAAUGGAGAGGAUGCAGGCGUCAGGGGACCAAGCUACGGCUGCUGCUGCCUCAGGGUCCGGCGACGACUUCAUGUCCGAGAUGCUCAAGCAAUUAUCCUCAGGCGAUCUUGGCGACCUAGGAGGCGAGGGCAGCGAAGAGGAGUUCUCCAAAAUGCUCAUGGGCAUGAUGGAGCAGCUCACCAACAAGGAAAUCCUCUACGAACCUAUGAAGGAGCUUGAUGAGAAGUUCCCAGAGUGGCUAAUCAAGAAUCGUGACGCGACACCCAAGGAGGAUUUGAAGCGGUAUGAGGAACAACAAUCCAUCGUGCGUCAGAUAGUGGCCAAGUUCGAAGAGAAGACAUACUCGGAUUCCAACGCGACGGAUCGUGAGUUUAUCGUGGACAAGAUGCAAAAGAUGCAAGCAGCAGGAUCGCCACCCUCUGAUCUUGUUGGAGACAUGCAAUCGGCCCAAGAUGCCCUCAACCCAGGAGAUGAAGCCUGUAAUCCGCAGUAG